UAUCCAUGAAUGAAACCUCACCGCCACUUAGUGAGUUCCUUCAUGAGGGAGUCGUCGGAGUUUCGCAUGGACCAAAAAGUUUAAUUUGACAAACACAAUGGAUUACCGACGCACUCAGUUUUAUUUCUUAUUUUCGUAUUUAUUUGUUAACAACGUAUUUAUUAGGAUCCAGUCAAAAGAACAUGUGCUGCUUGACAUGAAGGCUGCCGGAAGUGAAUUAGGUUGGUUAACCUGGCCGAGUGAAGAGGGGUGGGAGGUUGUCCAGACGGUGGUGAAUGGCUCUCUUCUUUACACCUACAGUGUGUGCAAUGUAGCCAGUGACACCGAACAAGACAACUGGCUUCGAACGACCUUUAUCCAGCGUAGGCCCGACGUCUCUCGCGUAUCUGUGGAGCUGCGCUUUAUCGUCCGGGACUGCAACACGUUUGGUGGCUCGUCGCCUUCCUGUCGUGAGACUUUUGGUCUCUAUCUAGCCGAAACCGACACAGAUGUUGGCACAAAUUUCCGCAAGGGCCAGUUCCGAAAGGUAGCCACCGUAGCGCCAGACGAGGUAACAGCUGAUCGUGGAGGGGGCAAAGCCGAUCUGCGGGUGAACGUUGAGACGCGGAGCAUCGGGCCACUCUCCAGAAGGGGCUUCUACCUUGCCUUCCAGGAUUUAGGGGGCUGUGUUGCUCUCUUGGGGCUGAGGGUGUUCUACACCACCUGCCCGGCCACGAUGAGAAGUCUGGCCGCCUUCCCUGAGCAGGUGGCGUCGGGAGCGCUGGCGGAGGUGGAGGGCACCUGUGUGAAGGACGCAGUGGUGGUUGGAGAAGCUGCUCCUCGGAUGUACUGCGCCGCUGAGGGAGAGUGGGUCGUUCCUGUGGGCCAGUGUCUCUGUCGAGCGGGAUACCAAGCUGUUGGAGAUGCUUGCAAAGCUUGUGAACCGGGUUACUACAAGAGCACAGAUUCCAGUCAGCCAUGUGAAGUGUGUCCAGAUAACACCAAGCGCUCUGGUCAUGGAGCUUUGCUGUGCGCCUGCAUGGAUGGCUUCUACCGGGCCCCAACAGACCCAAAUUCUGCUCCCUGCUCUUCUCUGCCUAGCCCUCCCCGAGACUUGGAAUACACACCCCUCCUGACAGCGGGGAGUUUGAAACUGACCUGGCGCCCACCGGCAGACACAGGCGGCAGAAGCGACAUCACAUACAGUGUGGCGUGCGAGCGCUGCGAGAGCGGUCUGUGUUCGCUGUGUGGUGGGAGGGUGCGAUUUGAGCCUACGCAGACGGCCUUGAAAGACCCCGAAGUUGUGGUUAGUGAGCUGGAGCCUCACGUGAACUACACCUUUACAGUCGAGGCCCAAAACGGCGUGUCCCAGUUCAGUCGAAAGAGAGCCACGGCUGGCAUCACAACAGUGCUUCACUUCACAGAUGGCCCGAGGGUGCUGUACCUGAGAGUUGAAGAUCGGACCACCAGCAGUCUUGCAUUAUCCUGGGUCGUGGACCACCAUGUGCAGAAUCACAACUCCCCCCGCUAUGAGCUCAUGUACCGCAAGAAGGAGGAUCCUGGAGAGUUUGAUGUCACCACAUACACCGUUCUGGUUCUGGAGAAGAACUCUGUACAGAUUAAUGACCUCUUACCAGGCACAAAGUAUGUGUUCCGCGUUCACACCCUGACGGCAGAAGGCCAUCCCAGCAGCCACAGCGCAGAGCUUGAAUUUGAGACGCUGCCUCUCGCAGAAUCUCAAACACAGAAUAGUUCUAUGGUUGUGAUGGGAGCCGUCGCUGGAGGCGGAGUCAUGUUGCUGAUUGUGGCGGUUAUUUUGCUUCUGCACAAAAGGAGGCUGAAUUCUCAUGUCCGACGGAGGGUUGAUGGAGAUUACUUUUCAUGUCCAGAAAAACUCCUUCCUUUGAAGACCUACAUUGAUCCCCAUACAUAUGAAGACCCCUGUGCGGCUGUCCUCAAGUUUGCCAGUGAGAUUCACCCUAGUCACAUCACCAAGCAAAAAGUCAUUGGUGCAGGAGAAUUUGGCGAGGUGUACCGUGGUUCUCUGAAGGUACCAGGUCGCUGUGAGGUCGCCGUAGCGAUAAAGACGCUGAAGCCAGGCUACACAGAGAAGCAGAGACAGGACUUCCUUAGUGAAGCCAGCAUCAUGGGCCAGUUUUCCCAUAAGAACAUUAUCCGUCUGGAGGGUGUUGUCACCAAAUGUAAGUAUCAAGCUAUAAAAUCAUGUUUCUGGUCAAUUUCUUGUACAGAACAUGUUUUAACAGGAUGUUCUCUUCUACCUAUCAUUUCAGUCAAAGACGCCAUGAUUAUCACAGAGUACAUGGAGAAUGGAGCUCUGGACCAGUAUUUAAGGGAUCAUGACGGGGACUUUUCCUCAUACCAGCUGGUGGGAAUGCUCAGUGGUAUAGCCUCAGGAAUGAAGUACCUCUCUGACAUGAACUACGUCCAUCGGGAUCUCGCAGCUCGUAAUGUCCUGGUCAACGGCAACUUGGAGUGUAAAGUCUCAGAUUUCGGCUUGUCACGAGUACUGGAGGAUUAUCCUGAGGGAACCUACACGACCACUGGAGGAAAGAUUCCUAUUCGUUGGACGGCACCAGAGGCAAUAGCAUACAGGAAGUUCACUUCAGCUAGUGAUGUGUGGAGCUUUGGCAUUGUCAUGUGGGAAGUGAUGUCAUUUGGAGAAAGACCCUACUGGGAUAUGAGCAACCAUGAGGUGAUGAAAUCCAUAAACGAAGGCUUCAGGUUGCCGGCACCGAUGGGCUGCCCAUCUGCGGUUAACCAGCUAAUGCUGCAGUGCUGGACGCAGGACCGCUCCAAACGGCCACGCUUUGUUGAUGUCGUCAACUUGCUCGAAAAGCUGCUUCGCAGCCCAGAAUCACUCUCGGCCAUUGCCAGUAUAGACCCACGUGUGUCUAUUCGCCUACCCAGCACAAGUGGUUGUGACGGCGCCCCCUUCAGGUCAGUGGAUGAAUGGCUGGAAUCCAUCAAGAUGGCCCAGUACAGAGAAACCUUCGCCCUUGCUGGAAUUAAAACUAUGGAACAGGUGUUGCGCUUGAAAAUUGAGGAUAUUAGUAAUAUGGGAGUACGGCUGCCAGGUCAUCAGAAGAGAAUAGCCUACAGCAUUCUGGGCCUGCAAGACCCGACAGGGACCCUGGAUCUGUUUGCAGUGUGACAGUGCGGUUGAAUGAAGCAGAACUGUUCUGAAUCAGCAGUUGAGCUGGCCCAAAAUGGACUUGAAAAGCUGGCUAAAUAAAGACCAGACUCUUAUUAAAUGACUCCCUUUGGCAAUAUAAACACUUUAUUUGAUAUUUUGUUUCUCCUUUUAUAUAACAUUUUUACACGUCAGAUGGACCCUUAUGCACUUUGUGAUUCUGUUUUUUACUUAAGCCAUAUUGAUUAGCUGCAUAAGCACACAGUGGACAUAUGAUGGUGUGUUUUGAAAUAUUGUAAAUACUGCCUCAGGUCUGAUGAUUAGGGUACUAUCAAGGGUACAAUGAUAGUAACCUUAAAUAUUACAGUAGUGCCCAUAUAUUGCAUAAAAGUCCACAAAGGUGCCAAAUGUGAGGGGUUGAAGUCUGAUUAAGGUUAUACAAUUACAAAUGUAAAAAGUUUAGUAGAAAAUGUUUAAUAGGCAUCCUCCUGUUUUGAAAGAUAGCACAGGAUGUUUACAUGUUAUUUCAGCUCUUUUUAUUUAAUAUUUAUUUUUUUUUUAUUUAUUGUCUGUGUUUGUAAAGAAAAUAAUGUACUGUAUAGUAUUAAAAUAUUUUGUAAGUCA